AGUCUCGUUCGUUGCAAUCCAGUGCAGAUAUACGUUCAAUUACCCUGUCAACGCUCCUUAAAGUCCCAUCCUCGGGAAAUCGCGAUAUUCGUACUCUUGUCAGUGGCAUUGCCAACGUACGAAUCGAUUAUUUUUUCAGUGAUAGAUAACUGUGUUAAAAAAGAUCUUUCUGUAUUAUUUUUUUCCCCCCCCCCCGAAACCCCUUUUUUUAUUAUUAUUAUUAUUAUUAUUAAUAUUCUUUUUUUUAUUUUACAAAGAAGAACGAUAAAAAAGAAUUAUAAGAAAAAUUAAGGGUGUAAAGGUGAAUUGAGAGAAAACGAAACAACACGUGGGGAUUGGAAGAGAGAGAGAGAGAGAGAGAGGGAUACAUUUAAUUGGAUAUUUUCAAUGAGGGAUUAUUUGUUGUAUAAAGUUGAUAAAAAAUAGUAAAGUGUGUUGUGUUGUUUAAGGGAAGAAUUAUUCGAAUCGCCGCCGUCUUGGCGGUCGGUCAGGCGCCUUGCGUGUCCGAUUUUCCUCUCCUCUCCUCUCCUCACUACUCCACCACCAUACUCUCCUAUCGGUCCUGUGAGAGGGUGGUGUCAUUCAUACGGAACGAUCGUGAGUGAAGAAGAAGAAGAAGAAGAGGGAAAGGGAAGGAGGAAAGUUUGACAGUUGACGAUUAUUACUCGUGUGCAUUUCAGUCUAACUAAACACAAGGCCAUCGUUGAUAUUAUUGUUCAUUUGUUAAAUACAUCCUCCUCCUCCUCUUCACUGUUGUUUGAUUUCAUUUUUACAUGGAUUAAAUGAAACGUUAAGUGAAGACAAUAUUAAACAAAAAAAAAAAUAAAAAGUUGGGUGAAUUAUUUAUGUGUAUUAUUGAAUUUAAAAUAUAACGAAAACAAAUUUACAACGCCAGUGGUGGGGUAGUGUGUUAAAAAACAAGAGUGUGUCUUCUCACAUCUUUAAUAUUGACACGAGAAAGAUUUGGUUGAAAAAGAAAAAUUUUUUUAAAAACACACACAGGAAAAAAGUGUGCGUCAAAAGUUCUAAGUCAAGUUCGUCGUCGUUGUUGUAAAUUUAAAAAAAUAAUUGACGAAAACGGGGAAGACACUACACAACGGGAACAAAGAUUUGAUAUAGAAUUUCGGACAUGGCUCGACACCUGUGGCUAAAAGCAGCACUCGUAUUUAUCCUCGUAGCAGGUGCGAGGUGCCUGCGGAACGUCAGCUUGGAAGUGGUUCCGGAGGCAGUGCAACGUGGUCAGGAGGUGAUUCUGCGCUGCCAUUAUGAUCUCGAGAAGGCACCCCUUUACUCUGUCAAGUGGUACCGUGGUAGGUACGAGUUCUACCGAUAUUCACCGAACGAAGAACAGACCACCAAGAUAUUUAAUAUCACUGGCAUACACGUUGAUGCUGGGAAGUCCAACAACAACGAGGUAACACUACACAACGUCGACUUUGCUCUCUCGGGUACGUUCAGCUGCGAAGUUACUGCAGAUGCACCGACCUUCUCCACAAACUCCGCCAUGAAGAAUCUUACCGUAGUGUCUUUACCAGAAGGCAAGCCCUUUAUCGUAUCCGAUCGUGAACGUUACGAUCCUGGUGAUAUUCUACGAGCAAAUUGUACUUUACCAGCAUCAAGACCAACGGCACGUCUGUCAUUCACCCUUAAUAACAGUCCGGUGGCAGCUACCUCGACGAAUCAGGAAGAACCUGAACAGCAGAAACGAGAACAACAUCGCAGAGAAGGUAGUAACAGCAACGGAGUUUCCAGCAACGAACAUCAACAUCAGUAUCAGCAACAACAGUGGAUCGGUCUCAGUCUACUAUUGCAACCAUUUCACUAUAUAAACGGCCAGUUGAAUCUACGUUGCACCGCACAUAUCCCGGGAAUAUAUUCGUCCAUGAAAGAGAUACAAUUGGGAGCUGGUUUGCGCGAACCCGUACCCGAAAGAGUAACAUCUGAGAACGGAUGCGAGUCACAUAACGCCGUCUGCCUGACGAUGAUCCUCCUCCUCUUGUGUAUGCUUCAUCUGUUUCUAAGAUAGUCACGGCACGCCUAAGAUCAUGAAAAGGAAGAAGAAGAAGAUGAAGAAGAUGAUGAAGAUGAAGAAGUUCAGGAGCGUCGCAACACGAUGAACAACAACUGCACACUAGUCGAGAAACGAAAGAACACCGAAGAAAUAAUACGGAAAUUUUUCGAGAAAGCUUAUCUUCUUCAAUGAUAGAAAGAAAAAAGGAAGAAAAAAAUAAGGGCAAGGGAAGGAAGGAAGGGGGGAGGAGAAUGAAAAUAAGACAAAUAAUAUUGUCGAUUGCUAUGGAUAUAUAUUUAUCUGUUUUUAAUGUAUUUAACGCGUGAAGUACGGCACGAGAUUAUUAUAUCUGCCUAAAUUUCUCAUAUCCCUUUAUUAAACAUACCAUCCCUGACCCACACAUCCCUUUUUCUCUUUUCUUUUAUUUUUCUUCUUUCUUUGUUUCUAUUUCUUUCUCUUUCU